AAUGGUACGGUCAAUAAACUUGUUGUUAUUCUUAGUCUUCAUAUUUUUUUCUUCACUAUCUCCGGUUUUUUCUCCUUUCCUACCAAAUGGAUCCACGAGGUGAAAUCAACCUAUAGAGAAGAAAACAGAAUACAUAUAUAACGAUUAUUUGCCUACACCUUGAUCACAGGGGAAGAGGGUACAAUAUGGUUAGUUAACAGUCUGAAGUGCAUUAUACUUUGCAUUUAUAUGCAUACGUGCAUGUAUGCAUGCAUGGGUGCGUGCGUGUGUGUGUGUGAAGGAGAAAGAGGUAGAAAGGUGGACAAUAUUUCUGACUCAUUUGUAUCUACGGUGUGUUUACUAAUUAUCGGAUUGAAAAGAGUAUUAUAUUUCACAUCAGUUAUUGUUUCCAUUAUAGCCACUACAAUAUAAUUAUCAUUAUAAUCAUUAUUAGCUCAUAAAAUCACCUAUCUAAUUACAAUUAACGUCAUCAUAAAACUGUUUAUUAUUAUCAUAACUAUACUGAUAGCUAAAGUAUAAGUGUAACUCAAAACUGUUAACCAAUAAUAACGAAGCAAUUUCUUACUUUGAUUUGUACUCACUCGUUUUCAGUGGAAUAAUAAUCAAUAAAGAAAAAAAAAGAAGGCAAUCAUUUGUUCACGUGACGGAGAUUUCAAUAAAGAAGCUUGUAUGUACCACAGGUAACGAAUUGCCAAAGCAGAGAUUCCCCAUAUCUGGUAUACAAUCAAUAAACCUGAAUAACUCAUAGCCUAAUGCCUUUAAUGAUCACUAUUCGUAUAUGUUGAGGACUGUAAAUUCAACUGUUGUCUGCUGAAUCAUUGUUUUGUAUAUUCAUCAAUAUUUAAACAAAUUCUCAAGCAUGUUUCCAGUCGACAAUCGUCUUAGUUUCAACUCAGCAUUUGAUAAUUUAUUUCCACGUUCCCUAGGUUCUUGUAUCCCGAAUUCCUCUCAGACAGAUGCAUUUCGAUCUGAAUGGAGUAAUAAUUUUCAUCAUCAGCAUACACGUUCUGCAACAUCUAUUCCCACAACUACUGCCAAUGCCACGAACAGUAACAAUCCGGAGAAUAACUUCACUGGUAGUAAACAUCAUCAACAACAACAACAACAAUCGAGUACGCAUGCAUAUAUAAAUAAUCAAUUAGCUGUACGCCACCAACACUUAUUGCCUACAUCGAAUGAUUUUAUGCACACCAGCCUGUCAACAUCAUCAUCGUCAUCAUCGCCGAGAGCGAAUGCAUUAGCUGCAGCCUUUCUGUCCAACUCUUUUUCUGAUAGUCUUCAGGCAAAUUCACAGAAUUAUCAAAAUCCGAAUGGAUUUCCAAAUUGUUUUACACCGUCAUCAGUAUCAUCGCUGAUGAACAGUGCUAAUAAUAAUGACGAUAACAAUAAUAAUGGUGAAAAUAUGAAAAUAAGUAGUAUCAGAGCACGUUCUGAAUUUAAUCACUUCGAUUUAGGUUUGAAUGCUUCACGUCCAAUGGAUUUGUUGUCAAACUGUUCUACACACCUUCCUAUAUCUGGAGUAAAUAGUAGUAGUAGUAAUAAUAAUAAUAACAAUAAUAGUACAGUUAUACAUAAUAGUAAUAACAAUAUUGAUUCAGGAAAUUUACCACAUGACAGUAUACAUUCCUUUGCGCAUAACAGUAAUAAUACACAAUUACAUUAUAAUAGGUCUGUACAACCAAAUCAAACAAGUGAUGUAGGCGCAUUUCAUCCUCUAGUAUCAAGUUAUUCAUCAAUUAACCUGUUAAAUUCAUCAAUAAGAUAUCCAUCGUUUGGACAGAAUACUUCUGAUUUAAUGAACUCUGAAAAUCAACGUAUAGAUAUGUUGAACCCCUUUUUAGAUUUUCGAAAUUCUACUGCUGCAACAUCAAACGCUAACUCUAAUGCUUUCUCUAAUCCAGUCUGUAAUCAACAUCCUCAUCACCCUCAUCAUCAACAACAGACAGUCAGUGAGAAUUUGAAGUCGACUUACAGACAUUUUACGAAUACUACAGCGGCUGCAAUGGCUGCAGCAGCAGUUGAAGCCGCUUCUAAUGUCACCAGUAGUAUGAAUAACAUCAGCAACAACAACAACAACUCCAGUAUGAUGAAUAUGACAUCGCCUGAAAUGAUUCGAACUAUGGGACAGUCAAUGGUGGCUACAUCAUCGAGUAAUCAUAAUAAUAAUAACAGUAACAAUACAGCUGUAGCGGUAGCAGCUAUUGCUGCAGCUGCGGCUGCCACAAACUACAUGGUCGCUAAUACAGGAAUGUCGAAUUUCGGUGUGUCGACCAAUUUGAAUUUAAGUGGGCAAAGUAGAGAAUCAGGUUUAGAUUGUAGUGAUAUAACGUCGUCACCAUCUUCAACACCCUGUGGAAGAUUGAAUAAAAGUAAUAACAAUAAUAAUAACAAUAGUCAAAUGGAGACUAAUGGAAGUGUUGGAAACCAUGGAAAUAAUGGCUCUGGUAAUAGUGCUAGUAGUAACAAUAAUAACAGCAAUGCUAGAUCUUCAUUAUCUCCAACACAUAUAUGGCCAUGGAUGACUGUUGUGGGACCAAAUUCGGUUCAACGUCGUCGAGGUCGUCAAACCUAUAGCCGCUAUCAAACAUUAGAGCUGGAGAAGGAAUUUCAAUAUAGUCAUUAUCUAACACGUAGGAGAAGAAUUGAAAUAGCUCAUAACCUCUGCUUAACUGAACGUCAAAUUAAAAUCUGGUUCCAAAAUAGACGAAUGAAACUGAAAAAGGAACGUCAACAAAUAAAAGAAUUGAAUGAUGAAACAACACGUCAAACAACUACAGAUCCUGUACAUCAUAGUCGACGUCACAUGGACUCAUCCCAUCAAUACUUUGGAAUGAUGAAUGCAAAUACCAAUAAUAGCAGUUAUUAUUCAACAAAUUCAAAUUCUGGGAUUCUUGACUCAAAAGACAACUGCCAACUUGACUGCAAGCCUCUCUCCUUACAUAAAAAAUCUGGUUUAAUUCCAAAAUUACUAGAUAGUAAUAUGCAACCUGAAUCAAUGAUAUCGGGUGGUUUCCUUCCUGUAUUAAAUAGAGGACUUCAGUCUAGUAUGAACUAUCCUGGAGGUCAAGAUCCACUUAGACAUGGCAGUUCAGAAGACUGUGAACAAAUGGAUAGUGAAGACGAUGAAGAUGAUGAUGAUUUCUGUGAAUCAGAUGAUUUACAAGGAUCUAAAGUUUCUAAACUUGCGCAUGAAUUCAUUAAUCCUCAUUUAAUUAGAACAAAUAUACUACGCGAAAAAUAAUGUUAUUAGUCAAUGAAGCCUCUUCCUAACGAUAGAAUUCACAUUACAUACAUAUACAACAACACAUGAUGCAGGCAAAAUUAGUAUACAUGACACAUUUUCACCGAUUAAGUGUAUUAUUCUGAAUCCCUAGUUUACCGCUAAAUUUCUCCCUAUUUUCCCCAAAACUGUAUGUUAUAAUUUAUGCGAGAAAUAAAUCAAUUCAGGAGGAACGUUAACCUGAAAUAAACACCUAUAUAUACAUAUAAAUAUCACAAGUACCUAUUAAUCCUGAAAAAAAAAACAACCUAAUAAAGUCUUCGAAACACUUUUAAUAAAUUGUAUGAAAACCUUUUCCCAAUUUUUCAUCUAAAACCACUACUUGUUAAUUUAAAAGUAGUAUUCAUAAAAAAAUUCUCUG